AUGUAUAUUCUCCCGCGAGCGAACGAAGACACUCCCGACGGCUCCAAUCUAUACUUUAUUGCCAUUAUUGUACUCGCACUCGUCGUUGCCAUCAUCAUAACAUUCUUCGUGUUACGACAUCUCCGAAUAUGGAACUACCAGCCAAAAUUAAUCCCAGGGAAAUACUUGAAGGGCGUAUGGCGGCGAUGGACUCCCGGUUCGACAUCAUAUAACGCCGUACCGAACGGAACAGCACAGCUGGCAGAGGCCAAUGGUCGAGAUGAAGCCAGACAAAGCCCCCGGGAGGCCGCACUCGACCGUAACACAUCCAUUCGAUCGGUGAUGACUCUCCCUUCCUAUACGAUAACGCCCAAAGCGAGCGAGCGCGUCAUUGCCCGGGAAGGCGAGAGAGACGGGAUGGAUGUCGUGGUCGAGUUCCCCGAGACGGCCGAGGAAGAAGAGCAGGACAGAGAGGAGCAGAUGGAGUCUCUCUAUCAGAUCCGGCUUGCGCGAAGACGAGAGAUAGCCGAGCGUGAAGAGGCUCGCCAGCAGCGCAGAGAAGCCCGCGAGAGAGGAGACUGGGCCCGGGUAGAGGAACUUCGACGAGAGAGUCGAGCUCGAGCAGAGGCUAACAGGCUGCAAUCUCAGUCUGAAUCCCCCAAUGGAAGCUCUGUCAACGUAUCUGCGGCGACGUUGCUUGCCGAGCAUCAAUCUCGAGGCCGGGAGAGGCGAGUAUCCAGCGUCUCCUAUGCUGAUAUCGGCCAUGUCAGACAUGACGGAACGCGUUUAUUCUCCAGCUCACCAGACUCAGACUCGCGAGGUCUGCUAGAAUCUGCUGCUGGCAUGGGAUCGAGUCCGCUGGGGGCGCAUAUACACCAGCGAACGACGUCGGCUUCGUCUCUGCUCUCCAACACCACCAACAACUCGGACGCAGAGUCGUUUGGGACGGCGACGGGGCCUACAGCUCUCGCCGGUGAAGCUGACCUGGGCAUGCGAUCGAUUCCGCCGCCAUAUGACGCCGUGGGCUGGGGCGAUGCUCCUCCGUACCAGCCAACGCCGCCAAACGAGGUUGCAAGUGAGGUUUUCGUGGUGGUUGAGCAUGUCGACCAUGCACCGCGACUCCCGCCGCUCUCGACGCUGCCCAGUAUCGCGAUAGAAGUCGCAACUCCUACCAGCAGCGCGCCGCCGACGCCCAUAUCGCGGCUCCAGACACCCUCGCCGGUCCAUUCUGCGACUUCAGCACCGAGAUGA